AUGACUGACAAGGAAUCCCGGCCAUCUCGGCCUGGGAUGCUGAGCUUUGUCAAUCCAAGUUAUUGGUGGGCGAAGUUGGAGCUAGACUCGCACACGUUCCUGAUGAUGCUGAAAGGGGCGUUGGCCCCAACUAUCACCAUUGCGAUAUAUCAAAGCACUGCUAUUUCUGACAUAACCACCACCAUUGGGUACCUUUCAGCCUUGAUUUCCAUCCUAUCCCAGGCUCUCAUGCCCCGAGCCAAAUUUAUGAAGAUCAUCUUCUAUGAUUUACUCUCCACCUGUGUUUCUGCGUCGCUAUGCUGUCUGGCUAUUUUCUGCGCUGUCAAAGCGAGAGAACAUAACACCCCUGCAGAUGCCAGCGAAAGCGUACGUAAUGGUUUUAGCAGCGAUGCUUGUGCAGUCUCUGCGGUCUGGCUGAUCUUUAUGAUCUGGGGUGCGAAUUCUCUCCGCGCUUUGAAACCAAUGGAGCUACAAGACCCCAUGGUUGCGUUUUCUAUUUUUGCCUCAGUGACCAUCACUCACGCAGGUCUGUUCACAUCCCUCAGCGAAGGCCUGGAAUUUGUUGCGCAACUUCUAAAGGGGUUCAUGAUUGGUUUCGCCAUUGCCAGUGGAGUGUCCCUGCUCAUCUACCCGAUAACUAGUCGAAGUAAUGUAUUCCACGAUCUCAAAGGCUACGUAGCCUCAAUCGAUGAUGUCCUGCAGUCCCAGCUCUCAUACGCCGAGGGUAGCUCCGUGACUGGUCUAUUCCGUCGACGGGGUCUUCUUCGUCGGGCACGGACCGCUCUCAGUACCCGAGAUAUGCAGGGCUCAGACGAAACAGAUCUACAGUCCAAGGAGAAACGGCUGCAGGGCGCAAUGGCGAAAGUCAAUGGGCUGCACAGUAAGCUUCACGCCGAUCUAUUCUACUCCAAGGAUGAGAUCGCAUGGGGUAAACUGUCAGCGGAGGAUCUUAGCAACAUCGCAACACUAUUCCGCAGUCUUCUCCUCCCACUCUCGGGAAUGUCGAUGCUGCCCGAGAUCCUGGAGACAAUGAUCAAGAAUGAAGGACCUCGUGACGACGACGACGCGCGGGAUACCCUCGACGAUCCAGAUGAAGGGGCACUGAAACAAUCUGAAAUCCAGAAAGUUGUUGAGACGCAUCACGCGCGGCUGGUGGAUGCCUCGCAGCUGGUGAAUCAGGGACUAAACUACUUCCUGCUAGCGCUGGAGCUUAUCAAGCCUAAGCAUUUAGACAAGGCAAAAAAGGCGCACCAGGGUGGAGUUCAUGCCAGAGACGAGGAGGCAAGGGGUGAAACCUUGAGCCCGCUCCAGCAGGACUUCACGUUAAGGUUUGAAGAGGAGCUGCACGGGUACUUUUCUCGUCGGAAAGAACUCCCUGAGGCGCUGGCGUCUCUUGAGGCAUUUUGUGUCUCCGAGAAAGCAGGUGCGGAGGCGGAGUCGCGAUCUUCGCGAAUACUUGGUGCGGAUGCAGAUGUGCGACAGGAGUUCUUUCUGAUUUUGUUUAUGGGGCAUUUGCAGGAUGAUUUGCUUAAUGCGACGCUGCAGCUGGUCAAAUUUGCGGAUAGCAAGAUUGCUGAUGGGACGAUGAAACGGGGGAGACUGAUUUUCCCGCGCCAGAAAUCUAUUCGCGAGUGGCUUUCACUUAGUACGGGGCCGAAGGAUGAGAAUGUCAAGGCACAGUCUGAUAGUCGGCAAUCUUCCCGUGUGGAUCCUGGGGAUAUUCAUCGCCCUCAGGCAUUUACUGGGUUCCCCGAUCCAGAACAUCUUCCACCAGAGACCAUAUGGGAGAAAUCUAGCAUGAUCUUGAGCUCCAUUUCUCAUGUCAUCAGGUCAGAGCAGAGUUUGUUCGGAUUUCGAGUAUCUGCCGCUUCCUUUUCUGUGGCUAUCCUAGCAUUCUUGCACCAGACACAAGAUUGGUUCGUUCGACAAAGAUGUAUCUGGGCGAUGAUUGUUAUUGUCAUCGGGAUGAACCCGACGAGCGGGCAAACCAUGUUUGGUUUUGUGGCGCGCAUAGUGGCAACAGCCAUGUCGCUUGUGCUGAGUUUAAUUGUUUGGUACAUUGUGGAUGGGAAGACAGCUGGAGUGAUCAUAUUCCUGUAUAUUGCAAAUGUCUUGGAGUACUACUUCUAUGUCAAAUUUCCACAGUACUUUGGCGCUUCCGUCGUCUCCAUAGUCACUUUGAACGUGAUUGUUGGAUACGAGCUACAGGUUAAAAAACUGGGUAUCACAGAAGCCGAGUCAAACGGCCAACCUUACUACCCGAUCUACCUCUUCGGUCCUUACAAAUUGGCCGCUGUAGCAGCAGGCUGCGCCAUUUCAUUCUUCUGGGUAAUCUUCCCAUACCCUAUCACCGCCAAAUCACAACUGCGGAAGCUCCUCGGCAAGAGUCUAUUCGUGUUGGCCAAGUUCUACAGUGCCAUGCACACGACGAUCGAGCUGUGGCUCAGCAACGAGUUAGGCGAUAUCGAAGAUAAGACCUCACCAGCACACCAACUCCGCGGCUCAAGACAUAAAAUCUUCAAAGAAGAAAUGAUGCUUCUCAAUGGUUUACGGAUGCACAGCCAUUUCAGCACGUUUGAGCCACCCAUCGGUGGCAAGUUCCCAAAACAGACCUACGACAAUAUCAUCUCGGAGAUCCAGCGCAUCCUAACCAGUAUGUCCUUAAUGGCUCAUACUACCCAGAGUUUGGAGGGCUUUGCUGUAGAGCCUGAGUCUUCACCGAACGCGGAUGCUGAGGCAUGGAAGUCUCGUCUCGCUGAGAUAGCCUUGAAAUCUACUGACUUCAACUCUCACCGGAUUACAUCGUUACUUUGUCAUUUAUCCGCUGCAAUUGCGAACGCACAGCCUUUACCGCCAUAUCUUUCGACACCAGACUCAUUCCCACUUGCGCGACAAAUGCAUAAAAUCGAUGAUGAGCUACUGAGUAUUCGUCAUGUGGAGGACCCGGCGUUCUCUGCCUUCGUAGCUUUGGAGGUGCUGAGAUCUGUUGUAAGCUUCAGCUUGCAGGAUCUGAUCGAGAAUGUGAGGAAACUUGUUGGAGAGCUCAGUUUCGAUUUCCAUGUGAGGCAGACGGAGGGAUACGCUGAAUCGGCUCAACUGUUGCAAAGACCGAGUCAAGAUGAUUGA